AUGUACGUAGCUAGAGCUCCACUGUUGCUCUUAGCAGCCAGCACUGUCGUUGCCAAUCCUGUGUCUCGGGCUGCCGCCCUAAGCGUUAGCGUAAUUCAGGCCAAUUCCUCGACCAGAUGGUUCGAGGGCAGCUCUGAGGUCCAGAUAUUCGAUGUGGCCGUCAAAAAUACAGGCAAUACCUGGUUGACUACGCAAGACAAGCUCACAGUAUAUGUGGACUCUCCCGGCUUGAUCACUGCACGGCCAGCUUCAGUGAAACGACUCCGGCCCAAUGACACGGCUAUAGUUGAAGUUGGCGUGGUCAACAAACCCGGUGUUGCAGAUGGAUCAUCAGGCCCAGCAACUGUUGUCGCAGAAUGGGAAUCCCAAGGUAAAAGCUCCCUGGACAUCGCCGCCACAUACGGAAUUCCCACCUACGAUCCGACGCAGUCGUCUGUGGACCAGCAUGAAGCUCCGGACUGGUGGAGAAAGGCAAAGUUUGGCAUUUUUAUACACUGGGGACUUUUCUCAAUCCCCGCCUGGGGAAAUGUGGGCGCCAAUGAGAGCUAUGCCGAGUGGUACUGGUCUCAUCAAAUGAACCCCGAGGACCCGACUCAAACAUACCAGUGGGGUCUGGAGCACUAUGGGCCACUAUUCAUUUACGAUGACUUCAUUGCCAAUUUCACAGCAGACCGCUUCAAUCCCAAAGACUGGGUCGACUUAUUUGCCGAUGCCGGCGCGCAAUAUUUCGUCCAAGUCACCAAGCACCACGAUGGGUUUGCCUUGUUCAACAUGUCUGACUCUAUCUCGGAGCGAAACUCGGUAGCACAGAACCCACACCGGGACUUCCUCAGGGAAAUCUUUGACGCCGCAAAGCAAUACCAACCGCAUCUCCACCGAGGUACUUAUUACUCACUGCCAGAGUGGUUCAAUCCGCUCUACACCCCUUAUACGAUGGAUGGUGAAUUUGGUGUUGGUCCCCCGAAAAAUCCAUAUACCAACGAAACUGUGCCAUACACAGGCUUAGUUGAGGUUGGUGACUAUGUGGCCGACUUCCAGCUACCGUCGAUGAACAUCCUCGCCAACGACUAUGACACAGACAUCAUGUGGUGCGACAUUGGCGGCGCAAACAUGGCACCGCAAUUCGCUGCACCAUGGAUCAACGCUGCGCGACAGCAGAACCGCCAAGUGACCAUCAAUAACCGCUGCGGCGGCAUCGACGGCGAUUUCCAGACGCCAGAAUACGCCUCUUCCACACUGUUAACAACCACACCGUGGGAGGCCACUCGUGGGAUGGAUCCGUUCUCGUUUGGAUUUAACGCUGCGACCCCUGACUCGACCUACAUGACUGCCUCGGAUGUGGUCACGUCGCUCGUCGACAUCGUCGCCAAGAACGGGAACUUUCUCUUGGACAUUGGGCCCAGAGGAGACGGCUCCAUUGCUGAUGUUAUGUCUAGUCACUUGCGAGAAGCGGGCAAGUGGUUCAAGGCUCAUUCGGAAAGUAUCUUUGAUACCAAAUACUGGCCCAGUGGACCUGGCACGGGUGUCUUUCGAUACACCACUACUGAAGAAGCCUUUUACAUCCACGUUAUGAGUCAGCCUCAGGGUGUCCUCGUCGUCCCUGAUUUAGUGCCUUACCUUGCCGGUGACCGCGUCACUGUCGUUGGGGGCUCUAAAAGUGGUGCUGUGGUCCCGUCCCGGCAACUGGCAAAUGGUUCUUUGGUACUUGAUGUCAGCGCUGAUAUCGGCAAUGCUGACCAGUAUACCUGGACCUUCAAGAUCACGUACUAG